AUGUCCCCUCCUCUCCCCCAAUACCAACUCCCACGAGACUUCGAAGGCUUCGGCGCCGCCUCCCAUAACUGUCAAUGGCCAAACGAAGCCCGCAUCGCCGUCUCGUUCGUCCUCAACUACGAAGAAGGGGGCGAACGCAGCAUCCUCGAAGGAGACGCCCACAGCGAACCCUACCUCUGGGAAAAAGGUAGCUCAGGCGGUCACCGAACCGGGGCACGCUACCUCAACGCCGAGCAAGACUUCGAAUACGGAUCCCGAGUAGGAGUCUGGAGACUCAUGCGCUUGUUCAAAGAGUUCGGCUGGCAAAUCACCGUAUUCGCAGUCGCAAGAGCGAUGCAGCUUAAUCCUGAAUUCAGCGAGUAUUGCGUGAAGAAAGCGGGGCACGAGAUCGUCAACCAUGGUCUUCGAUGGUUGGACUUCUGGGAUUUCUCGCACGAGGAAGAUCGCCAGUAUGUCAAAGAUUCGCAGAGACUCCUCCAGGAGAUUACGGGAGAGUUUCCUGUUGGAAUAUACUUUGGUCGCUCAACGGUCAAUACUCCGGGCAUGCUUCCAGAGCUGUUCAAGGAGAUGAAUAGGGAGUGGGGAACGCCGAAGUUGUUGUACUCGAGUGAGGUGUACAAUGACGAUGUACCCUACUGGGUCGAUUUACCGUAUGAAGAGAACAGUCCAGAUGAAGAGAAGGAGGGCAUGUUGUUGGUGGUAAGUUAUCCCGAACGACCUUGUGAAGUGGUGGCCUUGGUCGAGAGCUAAAAACGUGAUCCAUUAGCCGUACAACUACGACUGCAAUGAUGGCAAAUUCCACAUGGCGCCUGGUUUUACCUCAAGUAGCGGGCAGCUCUACGAACAGUAUCUCAAGAGCAGUAAGUUGAUUGAUGUUGAAAGGUUUCUCGCAUGUGAAGACAUUUGCUUACUGUGCGUGUCACGUAGCGUUUGACAUGCUGUACCGAGAAGGCGGCAAGAUGAUGAACAUUCCUCUCCAUAGCCGCAUCACCGGGAAGGCCGGUCGGGCGGAAGCGCUUCGCAACUUCAUGAAAUAUAUCUCGGAAAAGGAGGGAGUGUGGGUGACAACGCGGAGGGAUAUCGCCAAGCAUUAUCGGAAGACAUUUCCGUACAAACCGGGCUCGCGGCGAGGUGGUGAGUAA